AAUUUCGAACGACUCAAAUUUGGCAUUCGGUUCGAUUUUCAUUUCGGUUGUGAUCUCUGUUUCAUGAUCAUUAAAUAUUAUGAUCUUCUUGAAAACACUCAGUUCAAUAACAUGGGUACUUUUCUUUUCGAAUUUUGCCUUUUCUUCGGCCUUUUUUCGUUAUGAACAACUAUACCGUCAGCGUUGGCUUGAACAACACAUUUCAAAAACCAAUCUCAGCUAUGAAUCGUCACCAGAGCACCAUUUUCAGCAAAAGCUAGAUCAUUUCAACCUAAACAACAAAGACAUCUGGUUACAACGGUAUUGGGCGGACUCAACGUUUUAUAAGAAAGGUGGGCCAGCAUUUCUUGUGAUAGAAGGCGAACAGCAAGCUACAGCGGCCUUCUACCAAGGUACCGAAUGGAAAAAUUACGCGCGAAAGUUCAAUGCAAUAUUUUUCUAUUUGGAGCAUCGAUUUUAUGGCCGUAGUUUACCAAAAAGCGAUACCAGCACACAGAAUCUGGUCUACCUGAGAAGCCAACAAGCUCUAGCAGACAUAGCAAAUUUUAUUCGUCACUACAAUAAUAUAUUAUCUACUGAUACUAAAUGGAUCGUGUUCGGAUGUUCGUAUGCAGGAACUUUGGCUGCGUGGGCUCGUCUCAAGUAUCCUAAUCUCGUACACGGAGCAAUUUCUUCGAGCGCCCCACUUGUAGCUAAGGAGGAUUUUACAGAAUACUUCCCAGUUGUCAAAGAAUCGCUGGACUUUUAUAAACCAACCUGUGCCGACAAAAUAGCUGAGGCUAAUAAGCAACUUAGCAGUUUGAUCCGAAGUUACGAUGGUACAAGACAGGUUCAAGAACUAUUGCGUCUAUGCUGUACUGUGGGAUACAGCAUGGAAAGUAUAUCAAAAUUGUUCAGCGCAGCGCUCUCUUAUAUUGUAUAUUAUGUUCAGUAUAAUUUCAAACAGAAUAUUGAAAAUUUUUGCAAUAUUAUGAUAUCUUCUAAUGCUUAUUUACCGCUGCAUCUGUACGCUUCAGCCAUACGAUCAGAGUUGAAAAAUUGGAAUCACAUUUGUCUGAAUAAUUGCUACAGAAAUGAUAUCGACAAAUUGAAAUAUACUCGUACAAUAAAUGGAAACCCUGCGGAUAACGGGAGACAAUGGAUGUAUCAAAUUUGUACUGAAUUCGGUUGGUAUCAGACUACUAAUAAGUCGACCUCGGAUUCAUUAGGAGCUGACAGUCCUGUAGAAUACUUCAUCAAGCAAUGCGAAGAUAUAUUCGGUCCAAAUUUCAAUGAUUUGCUGCUGAAGAGGGUGGUUAAUGAGACGAAUACUUUUUACGGAGGAUUGAAAAUUAACGUUGGAAACAUCGUAUUCAUUCACGGAUCAAUUGACCCUUGGCAUUCUAUUGGCAUCACUCGCGCUGAAAUUCCAAACGCACCUUACAAGACCAUCUACAUCAAAGGAGCCGGUCACUGUGGUGAAAUAUUUCCACCCAAAAUUUCUGAUUCUGAGGAGGUGAGAAAAGCUCAAGAAGAAAUCGCAAACACAUUACAAUCUUGGUUACAAAAUUAGUACAUAGAUAACCCGAAAAAUAAGAAAUUCAAAGCCUAACUCUAAGCAGGGAUCUUUUCGAAUUUCAAUUCCAUUCUUCUUCGAUAACAAUAAAUUCCAACAUCACUCGAAUCAAUCAAUAGGUACUUAUGUAUCUAUGUACCUACUUAUAUUUUCCCAAUGUCAGCUUAUUGACCAGAUGAAUGAUUUUUUUAUAUUUAUUAUUUCUAAUUUAUGAUUAAAAUUAAUUGAAUACCUACCUAUGUCUAUCCUCAUGAACAAAUUAAUUUUAUUUUUAUCAACAUAAUUUUUAGACAUUUUUCCUAGAUUAUGAUUAAGAACACAAAUAUUCCUCAAUAUUUUAAACACAAACACUUUACUCAGCUUUGUUAAUCAUUAAUUUAGUAAAUAUAUAAAUAUUCAGAGCAUUUUGAAACUACAUAUGAAUUCAGCCACUGCUAACUUCGAAUUUCUCAAGAUUCAGGUUGAAAUUACUAUAUCUCAUUCAUAAAUAUGGCAUGGGAUAAAGUUCAGAGACUAAACUAUUCUCUCUUUCAAGGCCGUCGAAAGCCAAAAGGAGCACAUCAUAGACGUGAUUAUGGCUCCUCUUUUAAACUUGAAAAUCGACCCG